UGGGGGGACCCCUGCCUCGCCUUCCCGUGGCAGGUGGCAAUGGCAGUGGGUGACGGGCAGGCCUGCAUGACUUUGCACAUUGGCUGGCGCCCGUGGUGCGCAGACGCGAAGCAGUUCCUGGCCAAAAGUCAGUGGGAUGGGACAGAAACGUAUAAACAUUUCAUAGGGCAGGGAGCUUGCGGCUCUGCUACUCAGCGGAAAAGGAGGAGGAAGGUACGCAGCCCCUGCCUUCCCCCUCCCCGGGCUUCUGCCUUCCCAACGAGGGUGAGGAAUUGAGCCCCACCAUGCCUAGGGGAUGCUGUGCUGCUUUUCCAGACAGGAAAGUAACAUUUUCUUUUUUUCGUAUGUGGCAAAAGGCAUGUAAGUUACUGUGAGAAAAUUAAAUGCAUCUAAAUCAAUGAAAUAAGGUAUUCAUUUCUUGCUGGGCAGGGGGAGAAAAUGGUCCUUGGCUUUCCUUAAGGUAUCUGAUCAGGGACUUUUAAGGACUCUGUGUGUGGCUGCCAUCCAAAACUGAAGGGGAAUGCCCAUCUCUGCCUGCCUGCUGCGUUCUCCAUCUGAAAACAUAACUGGGGCCUGGCUUAUUAGGUGAAGACCAUGAAGUCCUUAAAAUAGCAGCCUUUCAUACCUAGUGUGUUUCCUCAAUCAAACCCAGAGCAUCCCCCACAACAAAGACACUGAGUAUUGCACCUCUCCCAUCCUCUGGUGGGAUCCCUGGGCUGGGUGAGGAACGUUGGAGGUACGGAGCCCUCCCUCUGGCCAUCAUGGAGCCCACAGCUCACAGCCAGCAGAAUGAAUCUACUGCUUCCAGCGUGGAGACAGCAGAAGACCUUGCCUUUGAGUUAAAUGCUGCUGUGAGGGACAACAGUAUAAAAGGUGUGCUGGAGCUGCUGGAGAGAGGUGCAGAUGUGAACUCCAAAGCAGGAGGUGGCUGGACACCAUUGCAGAGCGCCGUGCAAGCUAAUAAUGAGGACCUGGUCCGGCUUCUGCUGGACAAGGGUGCUUGUCCAUAUGCCAGGAAGGACAAUGGUGGCACUGCGUUUACUGAGGCAGCGAUAGUGGGAAAUGUGAAUAUACUGGAGCUCCUCCUUGAUCAUGGGUUAAAUAUUAAUGACCAUGACAACAACGGCUUCACAGCUUUCAUGGAGGCUGCAUGGUAUGGGAGGGAGGAAGCCUUGAAAUUCCUGUAUAGCAAAGGAGCAAAUGUGAAUUUGAGGAGGGCAGUUAGUGAGGAGAGAGCAAAACUGUGUAAAGGAGGUGCAACAGCACUGAUGGAUGCUUGUAGGGAGGGCCACUUCUCAGCUGUAAAAACUCUUGUCCAAGAGAUGGGGGCUGAUGUUAACAUUUGUGACAAUCGAGGUAGGAAUGCCUUGAUCCAUGCCCUCAAGAAGGGCUGUGCCAAGGAAAGCUACAAGUCAGCUGUCUCCAUAGGCCAUUUCCUGAUGGACUGUGGUGUUGAUGUGAACUGUAAAGAUGAAUGUGGGAAAACUGCCCUCAUCCUAGCUGUUGAAAUGCAGAGCCCAGAUUUGGUGGAAGCUUUACUGGAGAAGGGUGAAAUAGAUAUUGAGGAUGCAGAUGAGGAGGGCAACACAGCACUGAUGGUGGCUGUAGAGAAAAACGACUGCAACAUAGCAAAGUUGUUGUGUGAAAAAGGAGCAAGGACUGAUGAUGGGAACCUUAUUGCUGUUGCGAAUAGGAAACGUGCUCAUAACAUGGCAUGUCUUCUUCGCCAUUAUAAUGCCAAGUUUGUUCCAGAAAACCCUGAAGACUGGGAGCCAAAGAGCAAACGCUGGAGGGACCAGCUGAAAAACCUUUAUAAAAUAUAUCACCUUAUGAUUGGCAAUCUGAAGAUAUUUCAGUGCAUCGAGCAGAGAAUUCAGAACACUUCCCAGGGUGGCAUCUACCUGGGUCUCCACAGUGGGACGGAGGUAGCAGUAAGAAUAAGCCUCAGUACAGAGGGUGAUAAAGAGAAAAGGUUCUUUGAACAGUGUUGUAACUGUGAACAUUUAAUGAAGCUCUUUUCAUUUGAGAAGGCAAGAGGCUACAUGUACUUGUGCUUCCCCCUCUGGGAGAAAAACCUUGAAGAACAUCUGCAGGAACCAGAAAACCAAAUGGAUUACAAAGAUGGUUUGAGGAUGAUCUUCCAGGCAUUGAGAGAGCUGCACUCCCUUGGAUUUGCUCACCAGGAUCUGCAUCCCAGGAACUUUUUCAUAGAUUUAGGUGGCAAAAUUUACUUGGCGGACUUUGAUAAUAGAAGGACAUUGAUUGAAGGCAAAAAAGAACUUGUAAACUCAGAUUUAGAGGCCCUCGGCAGGCUCAUGCUGUAUGUUUUAACACGGGGUAAGAAACCCCUUCAGCAAGUCAGUGUUGAGGAUUUGGCUGCUGACUCUCCAGAUUACAAUGAGGCUCUGGACCUUGUAAAUAGCCUAGUCUCUCAUGAUGAACGAGGCUUGGAAGGUUUGAGCAAACACCCCUUUUUCUGGAGCAAACAGACGUUCAGGUUCCUGAAGAACAUAUGGAAUAAAAUCAAAGUUCUCCACAAUGAAAAAGCUGUCUUUCAAGCUCCUAAUGUUGCUGAAAGUUUUCCUUAUCCAUGGUGGACCAAGGAGAUUGACAGAAUGGUUCUGAAUAUUAUGGAGAAACAUAGGAAAGCAAAGCCAUAUACCAAUGAUGUCACUGACCUACUGAGGCUCAUCAGAAACCUGGAUGAACACCCAAAUAUCAGGAUCAGCAACAGAAUAGGAGACCAUGCUGAGUAUUUCUUGAAGCUUUUUCCAGCACUUACCAUUUAUGUCUAUAACAGUUUAUACCAGAAUCCCAAAUACAGUCACCUUGCAGACAUUCAGGACCCUUCUCUGUAGGAUGUCAUCGCCUCCUGUCCCAUGUCCGAUCCCACCAUCACCACCUCCUUUUAUUCGCUAUUUCAUCAUCUGCAAAAGAGUUGAAGAAAGUGGGUAAGGAGGAGGGAGACAGUACAUGCAGAGACAGAGCACGGAGGACUUAGACUAAAAUGAAAGAUGCUUCAGAAGUGUUUGGUGUAGCAACCAUGGGCUUUGGAGAGGAACCAAGUUGAGUGCCAGCCCAGGUCCCCCUUUGACUACCUCUGUCCCUCUGGCUUUACCUGCCUCUGUGAGGUGGAGGUCAAGGUCCUGAUCCUAAUAGAAAGCAGGGAGAUGUGGGACAGCCCCCAUAUACCAAACACACCUGGGAGCUAGGAGAGAAGCUCAGGCAUUGACAAAUAACAUGGGACUCCCUGAUGAAGUAAAAGGAGUUUGAGCUCCUUGCUAG